AUGGGCAUGUCCACGGACAUCAAGUCCCAGGAAACGUCCUCCAAGGGUACCGCCAGCAACGCUGACGCCAAGGAGAGGCCGCCCUCCUAUACUCAAGAGGAGGAACUACUUCUCAACUUCCCUACGCUGAACCUCAGCGACACUAAAAAACUACCCUCUCAAACCAGUACGGUGACGCGCGACCAAUGUGUUGCGCACCUCAAGUUUCUGGCUGUUCUAGCCGAUCUGCGUGACACGGUCUCAAAUACCGAUGGUCUCUUCGGCAUUUUCGACAAACAAUCCGACUUCCACAAGGACUUCCUCCAAGCACUUAACGAGUCCCGGGCUCGUAUUCGGGAGAAACGCUGGGCUAUAUACACAGCUCGCGCCGUCGAGCGAUAUCGCAAAUGGUGGUUCACAUGCGUUCCUACGUCUCGACCACCUGUGACGAUUUCCGAACUAGAAAGCCCCGAAUAUGAGACCAUUCUCGAUAGCGAGACUCAGGUUUCAUGGAGCGAAGACAAUCUACCCCCGCUUGAUAUCCUGAUGGUCUGGCAUUCUCAUAUGCUCAAUCCCAGGGAUUUCCUCGAAGACUGUAUUCGUUAUGGAAAGCUAAGUACCUGGAGAACAGGGUUCCCCUUUGAAGCGAUAAAUCGCUCCAUUCACGACCGCACACUGGAGUAUGCUGUCAGCGAAAAGAGCAUACAAAUGUUCAAGACGCAGCUUCAUAUGGAAUGGGAUAACUUAGAAGAUCCUCCUGGAUUGGAAGUUGAAUGUCCCUGCUGUAAAAAGCCGCUCACUGUGUUAUGGACCGAAGGAAAAAUGAGAGCCGAGCUUAAAGAGCCAUUCAGUGACUGCACGGGCUUUGCAGACGCAUCUUUCAAGGUUAAGUGCGGCUCCUGUUCACAUAUUCUUGAUCAUGACCGACUUCGAGUUGCCAAGUUUCGCAAAGACCUUACGGAACUGAUCAACUUCAAACGACCGAUGCCAGGAACGAUUUACAACUUGCACGGUAUUCCCGCGGGCCCAACUCAAAUGAAGACUUACCUGAUGCACCGAUCUAUGAUGUUUCCAAACCGUUUGAUGGAGGCCGCCUCUAAAGAUUUGCUCGCCUUUACCGAUGCUAGAGUGGAGUGGUGCAAGAGCAUUGAUGAGCUUCGCACUCAUUUGGAAGUCAAUAUUCGCGACGCCGCUAUCCUAAAACAGGCACACAAGGCUGGCCGUGGGAGUAAACCGGGAGAGAAAAUUCAUUUCCGUCGCAUGAUGUCCCAUUAUUGGGAGAACUUCAGCCCCUUCGCCCUUGACCUGGUUGGUGCGGUGAUUCGCCAGGGGACCUUUGUCCAGAAGAUGGACAACAUCGACUGGCUGCAUUCUCCCACUGUGAUGGAUACGGCCGAGCGUCUCAUCAAGAAGUACGAAGUCUUUUUUGAUAUCAUGCUCGCGAAUCCAAGGAACAUGGCAGUCCCCACAUUGGACGUUGACCUGGCCUGGCACACCCAUCAGUUACAGCCGCGUCGGUACUACCGGCAUAGUAUCCGUACUAUGGGCGGCGGCCAACGCCGAUUCAUCGAUCAUGACGACAAAGUCGACGAGAACAAGCUUUCCGAGGCCUUUGAAUGGACGACCAAGAUGUACCGCCGAGCCACAAACGGUGGAAUCUACAGCGAAUGCACCUGCUGGUACUGCGAAGCUACCCGCGCGCCAGAUCUCUACGAUCGCCUUUUCAACCUAGGCUCGGCAUCUCGUGCCCGUGACGCCGCAGACACGCUGCACGAUCGCAAUGAUAUCUCCUCUGAUCCAGAUAAGAACCCUCAUAUUUCGGCGCACAAUGCCGUACGACCGGCCACGUUGGCAGCAGAGGAUUAUCGCGUCGGGACUCUUCAGCGAAUCCGCCUGCAUCAAAACUACGAGAAGUCUGUCCGCCGGGCUGAAAAGCGUGGCGUUUCUCGUUCUGAAGGAAAGAGGUCAAAGGAUGGCGGUGUUGAGCCUUAUUACUACACGCCAUACGUCUGGGGUUAUCCCAUGAUUGUACCUUAUUACGGUCCAUAUAUGUGCGACCCUGGCAUCAGCGCAGGUUCAUACCCGUGCAACCCGAGCUGCAUGAAUGUGGUGGUAGUUGAUUAUGCUGGCUUUCGAAAUUAUGAGAGAUACCUUGAUAUGGCUUCGUCGGUUAACUUCGCGGCGUUGCUUUCAAUUACUCGAGUUUGA